UCGCGACGACGCCGAAACAAUAACAAUAUAUAAACAUUGUCCCUGGUGCAUUCGAGCAGAAGCAGCACGUGAAAACACCUUUUUUUGGGGCUGCAAUUUUUCGAGCUCGUGUGUGCUGCACCGCACACCCUCGCGCCCUCGAACAGUUGUCUGCGCGAUUCGUUUGUUUUGUACACUCGGUGUGUGAACAACAACGUGGGCGAGGAUAGAUCUGUCAUACCGCAGCAUCGCCGGCGAUUGCAGCCAAUAAUGAUUCUUUGACGUUUCCCGUGUUAUAUCCAAUUCGUUAUUUCGGAGCAAUCGAAUAAGUCUUUGUUUUUGUUUACUUCUUUCGUGACAUACGUGAAUAUAAGACAAUUGAGUGAUCAUGGCCAUGCACAGCGUGCAACCUCCCAAGAGGAAAGAGAUUUACAAGUACGAAGCACCAUGGCCACUCUACAGCAUGAACUGGUCCGUGAGGCCGGACAAACGAUUCCGCCUGGCUCUCGGCAGCUUCGUCGAGGAGUACAACAACAAGGUGCAAAUCAUAACGCUCGACGAGGAUACGUCGGAGUUCGUGGCCAAGAGCACGUUCGAUCAUCCCUAUCCAACGACAAAAAUCAUGUGGAUACCGGACAGCAAAGGAGUCUUCCCAGACCUAUUGGCAACUUCUGGAGACUAUCUGAGAGUAUGGAGGGCUGGAGAGCCAGAGACGCGUAUGGAGUGCGUACUAAAUAACAAUAAAAAUUCAGACUUUUGUGCUCCGUUGACUUCGUUUGAUUGGAACGAAGUUGAUCCAAAUUUAAUUGGAACUUCAAGUAUAGAUACUACUUGCACCAUAUGGGGGCUUGAAACUGGACAAGUGCUUGGUAGAGUCAAUUUAGUCUCUGGUCAUGUCAAAACACAGCUUAUUGCACACGAUAAAGAAGUGUAUGAUAUUGCAUUUAGCAGAGCUGGAGGUGGUAGGGAUAUGUUUGCUUCUGUGGGUGCUGACGGUUCUGUUAGAAUGUUCGAUUUGAGACAUUUAGAACAUUCAACCAUUAUAUAUGAAGAUCCACAACACACUCCUUUGCUUAGGUUAGCUUGGAAUAAGCAAGAUCCAAAUUAUUUAGCUACUGUAGCUAUGGAUGCUUGUGAAGUAAUUAUUCUUGAUGUUCGAGUACCAUGCACUCCUGUUGCAAGACUUAACAAUCAUAGGGCCAGUGUCAAUGGUAUUGCAUGGGCACCGCACUCUUCAUGCCACAUCUGCACAGCUGGUGAUGAUCAUCAAGCACUUAUCUGGGAUAUUCAACAAAUGCCACGAGCAAUUGAAGAUCCAAUUUUGGCAUACACAGCUGCCGAAGGUGAAGUUAAUCAAAUUCAAUGGGGAGCAACACAGCCAGAUUGGAUUGCAAUAUGUUAUAACAAAGCUGCGGAAAUACUGAGGGUUUAAAUCCGCUAAUGAUGAAUAAUUAUUCAGAAAAAAAAAACACAAUUUAUAAAUUCGGACGUUAAUUAACAGCUGAGUCACUGCAUAGGGUGAUAAAAGAUUGUCUAAUUUCCUGAAGAACCUCUAGAAGGUUUUUUUUAAAGAUCUCUUCUUUAAAAAAAAACCAUUUUUCAAUCAAUUUACUAUGUCUGCAGAAACAUUUGAAUAUGUUGAUGAAAUAAUUACCGUUUUUAUUGAAUUUUUUAAAAUUAUUAUCGAUCAAUUUAUGGUUAAGGAACUUUUUUAGUUAUGGAGUGAGAUUCAAGAAAAAUGGUUGGCAAAGAAAUAGUUUUAACACGAAAGAAAAUAUUAAGAAAGAUAUCUAUUUAGGCAAUCUUUUAUCCAAAGUGUAAUAGAAAAUUGUUAAAAAUUUUCACGUUCAAUACCAAUUAAUUUAUAAGGAUUUGUAGCAAUAUAUUACGAUGAAGAUGUAACUGAUAAUUAUGCAUAGAGAUUUUAUAGAUUUCUUUUGAUGACGAGUUCAUAACGCGAAAUAUGUAUGUAUUGAAUUAGUUUGUUAUAGUAAUCAUUAUACAUAGACUGAAUACGACGACGCGUACUGUUAUUUUUACCUAAGAAAAAAACAAAGUCUCACAUUUGUGCAUUUCGUCGAAUGUAUUGAAAUAUCGGUCGCUGCUCUGCUCCGUGUUAUUUCGAAUUCAUUCAAGCAACAAAAAAGACGCGCGCCAGUUGGCAGUUAAUAGACUUUAUAAGAAUCGACUGGACAAAAGAAUAUUAUGAUUAAUUAAACAAAUUAAAAAAUGUAAUGAUGAAACUUACGAUGCAACAUCAUCGAACUGCCCGUAUAUUAUUAUAUGUAAUUAUACAUUGACACUUAUUCUUUUGCGCGAUGAUUCCAAGUUUUACCCCGUGAUUAUUAUUAUAUCAACAUCAUGUAAACAAAUGUGUAAUCAGUGGUAAUAAAAUUUUUUAUCAAACAA